UUGUAUCGUUUAAAUUUCGAAAUAUCAAAACACUCUACGCGAAAACAAGUAAUAGAGAGCUAUUGCGAUUAGAGUCGUGGUCUAAUUGGCGAACAAAUAAAAAGAAACUAUUAAUGUUAAAGUGACAUAGUUUCGGUGGAGUGGCCCAAGUGACACGGUAAAAAAUGGGUUGGGCUACGAUGAAAUUAAAAUAGCGGUGCAUUAAUAAUCAUGCACUACCUGACGCAUUCCAGAGACUCCAAGCCGUAAUUGCAUAUGUUCUCGUUUAAUAGAGCCGAGCUAAGAUAGACACGGCUCGUGUCGCGAUCAUCCGGAAUUGUCACCAGACACAGGUUGUUAGGUUAUGUCGCGUCGAGGUCACCUAAAUCGGAUUAAUUUUACGCAAUACAGAGGAUACAACGUAAUUGUUUGGCCACGGGGGCCUCGGGACUGCGUUUCAAUUGUCGUUGGUUACACGAUGUGUACCGCGGACGCGUGGAGAAUCGCGAAAAUUCUCAAGCACGGAAUUUUACCUCGAAUUAUGGCGUUCAGGCGACAGCGGACGGACGGGUUACGCACGGCGCUACGAACGAAUUCGUCCGCCGUCUUUACAGGUCAAAGUGAUACGUGUGUAAUUCACAACUCAACUAGCCGGCAGGUACUACCAAAAUUCAGAAAUGAUAAAAGAGUAGACAUAAACAUGGAAUUAGAAAAUUGUAAUUCACACGGCGAUCAUGAAAAUACCGCACCAAACACGCCACUACACGAUAACGACCCUAGCGGAACUAAAAAAUGGUACCGACAAGCUAGUCAGAGAAUAUUUGUCAACCGUAGUCUUCAUUUAGAAAACAUUAAGUUCUAUGGCUUCGAUAUGGAUUACACAUUGGCAGAAUACAAAUCGCCGCAGUACGAACAACUCGGCUUCACACUGUUGAAGGAUCGUCUCGUUUCGUUGGGAUAUCCGCAAGAAAUUAAAGCAUUCGAGUACGAUCCAAGUUUCCCAGUGCGUGGAUUAUGGUUCGACACUCUUUAUGGGAAUUUACUGAAGGUCGAUGCCUAUGGAAAUAUUUUAGUUUGCGUCCAUGGAUUUGAAUUUUUGAAACAUUCACAAGUAUACGAGCUUUAUCCAAACAAAUUUUUACAAUUGGAUGAAUCCAGGGUUUACGUGCUCAAUACGCUAUUCAAUCUUCCCGAAACAUAUUUACUAGCGUGCCUGAUAGACUUUUUUACUAAUUCGCCGCAAUACUCGCGAGAGAAAACGGGGGUGAAAGAGGGGGAAUUAACGAUGAGCUUCAGGAGUAUAUUCCAGGAUGUUCGAAGCGCAGUGGAUUGGAUACACCUUCACGGUGAUCUCAAAACUAAAACUAUCGAGAAUUUGGACGAGUACGUGAAAAAGGACGAAAGGCUUCCAAUGUUUCUUACAAGGAUCCGGGAAAGCGGGGCAAGGGUGUUCCUUUUAACGAAUAGCGAUUACGUUUUUACCGAUAAGAUCAUGACUUACCUCUUCGAUUUUCCACAUGGAGCAAGGCCCGACGAACCUCAUAGAAAUUGGAAAACAUAUUUUGAUACUAUCGUAGUGGACGCCAGGAAACCAUUGUUUUUCGGAGAAGGUACAAUUUUACGGCAAGUAGACACAAGAACCGGCGCUUUGAAACUUGGGACACACAAGGGUCCACUUCAUACAGGUGAAGUUUACUCGGGGGGCUCGUGCGAUGUGUUCACCGAAUUUAUAGGUGCAAAGGGCAAGGACGUUUUAUACGUUGGGGAUCAUAUUUUUGGUGAUAUUUUAAAGAGUAAGAAAAUUAGAGGGUGGAGAACAUUUUUAAUAGUGCCUGAACUAGUUCAAGAACUUCACGUUUGGACAGACAAAUGUCAAUUAUUUGCUGAAUUACAAAACUUAGAUGUUAUGCUAGGAGAAAUGUAUAAAAAUUUAGAUAGCAGUACAAAGGAAAAGCCCGACAUCUCUAAGCUUCGGGCAUCCAUAAGAGACGUUACGCACAAAAUGGAUUUAUCUUACGGCAUGAUGGGUUCUCUGUUUCGCAGUGGAAGUAGGCAGACUUUUUUCAGUAGUCAAGUGGUGAGGUAUGCUGAUCUUUAUGCAGCAACCUUCUUAAACCUCAUCUAUUAUCCAUUCUCGUACAUGUUCCGAGCUCCUGCUAUGUUGAUGCCCCACGAGAGUACAGUAGCCCACGAGCAGAGAUUUGUAAUGGAAACGCCAAUGAUUAGCCGAUCCCGAACUUUUAAAUUUAACGACGAAGAAGAAGAAGAACCAACCAAGCCUUAUAAAACAUUAUACGUGGAUGCUUCUAAUACUCAAAUACCGCAUGCAAGGCCUGAAACUCCACGCAAUGUAACCCAUACACACGACGAAGAUUGUAGCGACGAAGACAGUGACUCUCAAAAACAAGGAAAUCAUGUAAGAUCAUGUUCAAGAAGUGGUAAUUGUAAAUGAAUUAUUUUCAUUGCCGCCUUUUUUAUAUUACGUUUCGUUCCUACAUUGUUUCGAUGAUUUAGUGGUAUUAUUGAAAGAUUCGAUACGAUUUCGCCACGUAAAAGGAAUACUUUGAGAUUUCGAUCGGAUGUAACGAAUGAUUUCUUUAUACUAAGUUUAAUUCCUCCACUCUUUCAAUCAUCAAAUAAUAUUAUUAAAGAAUUGGAUAUGCUACUCGAUGACUAUAAUCUAAAAUUUUAUAAUUAAUAACGUCAUCCGUUAAUCAAUCCAAUAUAUAUGUGCAUCAAAGUACGUAUAAUUUAUUUUUAUAACUAAAAUUAUCUUAGUUACAACAAAUUACACUGCGUUGUUUAUAUUACUUGGGUUUGAUCACAGUUCCAUUUUCACGUGUUGUUUUCAUCGAUACAAUAUUGCCGAUACAACAAAUAUUCCAAAUCGAACGCAAUAUAUAUACAUAUUAAUACAUGUAUAAACUGAAUUUAUCGUCAUACAAUAUGACUUAAAAAAGUUACAAGUUAUGAAUUACUGUAAACAGCAUUGUAUGUUAAUAUGCAUAUUAAUCUAUAUAUCUUGUUGAUUUAGCUCUAUAUUUAUUUAAAUUCAAGUAAAACAGUACAAAAUGUAUACAAAAUAUUUC